AUGGAGGUAGAAGGGCAAAUGUUUGCGAGGAAUCUGGUCGAGCUGAGCGAAGCGCUGAAGCACGUUCCUUCAAAGAGAGGAUGUGUGCAAUGCGAUGGCAACGCAAAGCUCCAGUGUCCAUCAUGCCCCUCAGGCCAGAGCUGCCAGUUCUCGGUCCCUACAGACUGCACACAAUGCCCGGCGGCUGUCUGCCUGCCUAACGACACGACGCCUCCGCCGAGCAACAACGGCGGGAAAUCUGGCGGCGACAGCGGACCCAACGUCGGCCCUAUCGCCGGAGGUGUCGUCGGCGGUGUUGCCGCAAUCGCCAUUCUGACGUACCUAGUCUGGAGGUUCCUCAUCAGACCGAAGAGAUCAAGCGUCACUCAGUCGAUCUACGAGCCUUCGGGCAACUCAGCUCGCGACAUCGAGAAGGACAACGCUUCGCGAAUCACGCAUCGCUCCUCUACCCACACAGUUCAUUCCAUCGCCUCUACCGUCCUGACGCGAGCGUCCAACAUCAUCCAGAUUGCAUACAUCCCCGGUGUCACCAACCGAGCAACGCCGACGUCGCCGACCGUUCUCGUGCCUCCCGUCCCGCCGAUCCCGAUGCACCACUCCGACGCGAACCGUGCGUCCAAUCAGGACGAUCAGCACUUCUUCGUCCCCGGCAACCUGCGAGACUCAACGUAUUCUGGCAUCUCCGAGUUCUCGGACCGCACUUCGUACGCGCCGCGCUCCAGCAUCGCGUCGACAAUCUACGGCAAGCAGGCACAGAUCCAGACUCCCGCGCAGACCGGCAUGCGUGCCAAGCCUACCGUCGUCAGCGUGAAGUCGGGCAAUGCCAGCGGGGCCAACACACCCCCCGUUCCCAGCAUCGACUUUGAGAGGUUCGGUGCCGGAAGGCCACAGAGCAACGCCAGCGUCUUCAGCGUCGGCUCGACGUUCGUCAACAAUGCGAAUACGGCCACGCAAGCAAGGGCACAGGUGGUGAAGCUGGGCGGUGGCCUGAAGAAGAUUGAUGUCGGGGCCAAGCCGGAGGCCAGCGUCUCGUCCACAUCACUGGCGUCGACGUCGUCGCCGGCCCCGUCUGCGAAGAACGCAACAGGGGAGCCUCACACGGCAACUGUCAGCGAUGCGUCGCCUACCGGUGAUCUUGGUCCUUUCUCUGACCCUCCGGCUACGCCCAAGACUGUCAAUGUCCCGAAACUCGUUGCGGUCAUGGAGGAUGAUGAGGAGCCCGCUCGAUCUGGCAGCCGGACGUCGAAACGAUCUCCUUCGGCUGAAAGGGGACGUAGCCCUUUUGGUGACGAGCAUGCCACAAAGGAAUGA